GCUCAUUUCUCAUUGCAGACUCGCAGUGUAAUUGCUCGCAACUCCAUUUUCAAGAUAUCUACUUGUGAAAUUGUGAGUAUAUAUUUCUAGCAUAAUUUGUUCUCAAUUUUCUAAUAUUUCACUUGAAGUCCUUAUAAUUAUUGACAUAGCUAUAUAAGUACUGUAACAACAAUAGGCACUUUCACCUCACGAGCCACUUUGACUACGAUAUAAUAAUCGUAUUAUACUGUCGUAAAAGCUGAAUGGAUAAAUUAGUGACGGAACUCACUACGCGGGACGUUGCUUGUGGGGAAUGUUUUUAUCAACAAGAGAGGAGACUGAAAAGUUUUGAAACUUGCAGAACACUAUAGGCUUCCGCUUAUAAAAUCAUCCGGAAUUAAUUUUAAAUUACGAAUAUUUAGUAUUUGUAAGCAGUAAAAAAAACAAUUCAACCGUCGUCGGCAGCCCACACAUCUCAAAGUCCCCAAUACUUAUUCGUAGCUACUUUUUGCAAACUUUUCUACUUUUUUAAAAAAUAUUUGUACUUUCCGAAAUGUUGCAUGUAAUAUGUAACCUUAAAAAAAUCAGGGCUCGAUCUUCUCCUCACUCGCGUCUUCUGUACGUACGUACACGCUUGUAAAAGUUUAAAACCAUUUAAAUGAUAAAUCAACGAUUGAAAAGGUUGGGUUGGAUUGUGCUGACUACUUAUGCUACACUCACACUCCAACUAUUCAAAGACACCACUCACACUCAAGUGAAGCUCAGAUUUUGAAUGAAGCGUGAGUGAGAGGCAUACGUUCCGUGAGCUCCACUCAGUUAUGCUCAUUGAUCAGAUGUAUAAUGAUUCAAAUAUAGCGGGAAUGUGGUCACAUGAAACACAUUAUAGUUACGCUGUUUACAACAACAACUUAACUUGCUCUCUCUUCUCCAUCGACGGUGUUUUUUUGUGCUGGCAUUUAAAUUUUUCCUACACGUUCUUCAACUGUCUUGAUUCCUUGUUUGUGACACCCGACUAGAAAUUGAUUUGGUCCCAUAAAGCGUCCCUCGUUUUUUUUCUUCCAUGGUUAAGUUUUACUUUCUAAAAAAACUUUGUGCUUGCGCAUUAAUUCGGUUGACAGCGACCUUUCCAAUUGCUAGAAAUAUUGCCUACCUUAAGCCUAACUCCGCAGCCUAAAUUUUCAAGCGAAAUGCGAAAUAUUUUGCCUGCCUCUUUUGAAUUGUGUGAAAAAUUAUAGCAUUAACCUCCUACUCAGCUUCAGCGUUAAUAAAAUAUAUACCAAAAAAAUAUUGAUUGGUUCUUGCAGAAAUUUUGUUCGGCGAUCUUGUACUUGUUCUCGUAUAUUCUAAUAUUUAUCUGGAAAGAAAAAGGAAAAUACACGCUGAAAAUGCUACCUAAACUUGCGAAUAAUUUUCAAAUCCUGUUUGCCUACUUAAUACUGGUGUGCGUAAAGGCCUCUGCCUCCCUGGAUUCAAGUGCUGUAUUCAAGAUUUCCACUUCAGGUCACCGCUUAACAAAUCACGUGGUCAGUGAACGUGAAACAUCAAAUGUUUUGGAAUGUUCUUUGUAUUGCCUCAGAAAACCUUCUGUUUGUAAAUCUUUCAAUUACAAAGCAAGGAAACGCGAACAAAAUUUAAAAGUUUGUCAACUAAAUAACGCCACAAAGUCUAUGAAUCCUCAGAACAUAUUGCCUGAUAACAAAUAUGAUUAUUAUGAGAUGUUGAACAAGGAAGAUAACAAAAAACAGCGAAUAGUUUCUAAAACAACAAGAAGCUACGAAAAUUGCAGCAAAAUCAAGAGAGUUGGUGAACCAGUCCUUCAUCAUCAAUCUGGAGAGACGUAUGGAACGUGGAUGAGAGAUCCUCUAGGGUUGCUUGGCUCAGAAAAAAUUUGGUACAUAAAUAGUCUGGGUGGAGUUGAAAUGCUUGAAUUUGAAAACAUGGAUCUUUUCAAGGCUGGCUCGGUUGCAAAAACCUACAACCUAACGUAUCAGUCUGGAGGCACAGGAUCUGUUGUAUAUGGGAGGUACUUGUAUUUUAACAGAGAGGGAACUCCAAAUAUUAUGAAGUACGAUUUAUUUACCGAGAAAGUGAUCAGAGAAGCAACUCCUAACAAAAAUAUAAACCCACGACUGUAUGGAUACCAAUGGGGAGGUUACACCGGAAUGGAUUUAUCGAUUGACGAGAGCGGUUUGUGGGCUCUUUAUGCACUUCCCGCGUACAAUGGGAGGUUAUGUGCCAGCCAACUCGAUCCUUCCACACUUGGCGUUCUGAAAACCUUCUGUAACGUUUCAACUGAGGCUAUAACCUUUAUGGGAAACGCAUUUGUGGCUUGCGGAGUCGUUUACAGCAUUGAUAAAUACGACGAAGCCCAAACAACCAUAAACUACGCUUAUAACACAACCAACAAAACUGCGACCACCCUAGCCAUUCCGUUUGUUAAUAAGUUUGGUUACAACAGCAUGGUUUCUUACAAUCCACGCGAGAAAGUUCUUUACUCGUGGGACUCAGGGCGCCAAAUAACUUAUCCACUGGAAUUUGAAGAUUGAGUUUAUUUAUCAUGCACAAACAGUAUUACAAACCAGCUUUUCUAACUUUUAAAUCGAACUGAUUUUUUUUCUAUA